UUGGAACACCGCCAUCGAUUGAAGUUUCCAUUACUAAUCUAAAUGAUAAUAUUAAUAAAUCAUUUCUAAUUGAAACAUUGAAAAAAUUUGAUUCCAUGGAAGAGAUUGAAAUAUUUUAUCAUCCUAAAACAAAGAAACAUCUUGGCCUAGCCAAAGUUAUCUUUAUGACGCCAUCAGGAGCAAGAGCUUGUGUCACUAAACUCAAUCAAACAUCUCUUAUGGGCAAUAUUAUCAAUGUAUUUUUCGAUCCUUUCGCUAAAAAAAUUAAUCAAAUUUAUGAAUCGAUUGUCAAUCCACCACCGGCUAAUUCAUUGUCAAAUAUUGAUAAUAAUUUCAUCGAUCCAAAUCAUCUUGAUCCAAAUAAAUCAAGAUUAACGAAAACAUCUGAUUAUGGAUCAUAUGAUGUUUCAAGUGAAUAUAAUUCCGCUACAUUGUCCACACCGUCAACGUUUGAAAAUCAAUCAUUUUAUUCAUCAUCCACCAAUACUAUAAACACAUUUGAUACGGCAUCUACACCGAGUACAGUAAGUGGUUGGAAAACCAAUGAUAAAAAGGAAUCAGGUAAUCAAAGUCCUGUUCGUGAAAGCCUAGAAAAACGUAUCAGCAAUUUGUUGAGAAAAAAUUGUGUCGGAAUGGUUGCACCAUUCUUUCCCGAUUCUGGUAAUAAUCAUCAAGAUCCAAACUUUUCACCACUGCCUCAUAUAUUAAAUAAUCAUGAACAUACGUUUCAUCGUAGAAAUUCACAAAAAAGAAUCGAUGAUUCGGAUGCUAUAUUAGGAACGCCACCAUCACCAUUUGUUUCUGCUUCCGAAUAUCUUAAAUGGCAUCAGGUUACAAAAGAAAUUGAUAAUAAAGAUAGUGAUAAAAAUCAGACUAAUGAUAUGAAUGCGAUGUCUGUCAAAAAACGACAUAGCCAAGAUGGCCAUAAUGAUAAUAAUGUUGACUACAAUGAUGAUGACGAUGAUGAUCGAAUGUCAUUAUCAUCAUUGAGCAGUGGUGAUAAUAAGUUUGAAGAUAAUUCUGUGAUUACUAAUCAUCAUCAUCAUCAUCAUCAUACGACCACGACGGCAUCGAUGGCAGGAACAACGAUGAAUUAUAAUGAUCUAUCUACAAUGAUGGCCCAAUGGAAUUCAUCAACAGCAACGGCAGCUACCAAUGCAUAUAAUCCAAUAACAAAUUCAUUGUUUCCACCAUUUAUGUAUCAUAGUUUUACAGCACAGCCGGCAUUUAGUUUUUUUAAUAGUUUUAUAACGACUGCAAUGCCUUCCAUGCCAUCAUUAGAUUUAAAUGAUAUACGUUCACGUAUUGCAAGAUCUAAUGAAGAUAUUCUCAAAGAAUUACUUGAUGAUACGCUUAAAGCAUCGAUAAAAGAUUUGAAAGAAAUUUUACGCAAAGAUAUUUAUAAAAAAAUUGUUGAAAACUUUUCAUUCAAAAUGUUUGAUCAAUGGUGGGAAGAUUCUGAAAGGAAAUAUCAUCACCAUUCUUCUGAUCAUAUAAAUGCAGUCACCGGUGGUGAUCAUGAGAAUAAAGUGGGCGAACGUCCAUUAUCACCAUUCAAACUUGCCGAAAUUCAUUUACCAUUUUUGACUAAUCCAAUAUUUGAGAAUUCUAUCCAGAAUCGUUCUCGCCAUCAAAUAAAUAGCUCAAAUCUCGAAUAUGGUGUCAGUCGUGGAUUACGUGCUGCAAUGGGCAAAUUGCCAUCAUUUAAAAGAAAAAUUAUUAAACCAAAAUCGCCUAUUGAUGAUAAACUAUCAGACAUAUCGGAUGAUGAUGAUCUUGACAAUAGACGAACCAUUCGACGAAGACCUCAUCAACGAAUACCUCAUCAUAGACGUAAACGUUCAUCUAUUAGUUCAGAAAGUUUGCCUAGUCGCCAUCAUCGACGACAUCGUAGUGAUAUAUCGGAAUCUUCAUCAGCUUCAUCCUCAUCAUCUUCUGAAUCAUCAUCAUCAUCUUCCGGUUCAUCCUCGUCAUCAUCAUCAUCAUCUGGAUCAGAAUCCGAGUCAGCAUCAUCAUCAUCAUCAUCAUCUGAAUCAUCAUCCGGUUCAUCUGAUGAAGAAUCAGAAGACGAAAACGGUUCAUCGGCAUCUGUUUCUGGUUCAGUUUCAGCUGAAGAAGAAUCUGGUUCUGAAUCAGAUGCCUCAGGUUCAUCAUCAUCUUCGUCAGCUGUAGCAUCUUCAUUAGCAGAUGCUGCAUCUGUUGCUAGUUCAAUUUUAUCGAAGAAAUCUCAGACAACCAAAUCAUCAACUAAAUCUUCGACAAAAUCUUCAUUGGCUGCAGCUGCAUUGAAAACAGGCGAGAACAAAGCAAUUGAAACUAAAGCUCAAGUAAUCAGUAGAGAUAUAAUGGAUAAAUCUGUUCCUGCAAAACAUCUUGAUGAUGAUGAUGAUGAUGAUGAUGUUUAUGAUUCCGAUUCAAGUCGAACAUGUUCAGCUGAUGAAACCAAGGUAUGUGAAGAAGAGUUACGACGUCGGGAAUCGAUAAGCCUUAAUGGAAUGAAUUUUGACGAUAUAAAGAAUUCUAAAACUCGUGAAGAAUUUGAAGCAUCUGAAGCGCUUAUUUCGCUGGCCGCUUCCUGGUUUGAACAGCCAUCCGGUGAUGAUUUUUCACAUCUUCAAAAUCAAUCACAACAAGAUUCAAAACUUUCCAUGCCACUGUCAUCAAAUGAUCUUAUCCAAAUGGAACAUAAUUAUUGCAGACGAAUGGUAAUCGAAAGACAGGAAUUAUCUCCAUUACUGGUUACUAGUGGUAAGAGAAAACGACAACCUAAAACAGCUCCUGUCGAACCAAAAAGAAAACGAAAAAAGAAGGAUGAAAUCGUUACCGAUGAGAAUAUUACGCCAAGUGUAUUGGCCGUUGCGUCUGAAUGGAGAAAAGCGAAACGUAAAUCUGUUAAACAACCGGAAUUGGUUUCAUCUGAAAAUCUUAUGGUUACUGAUGAAAAUAAAUUAUUUAAAGAUGAAAUUAAAUCAACAACACCAGAACAGCCACCAAUUACGUUUCCAAUACGUAAUGUUAAAACUGAAGAAACAAUUCUAUUUGAAUUUCUUCAUAAUGGUUUGGAAUUGGAAGAGAUUGGCUAUCUUAAACGUCGAUAUCAUCAGCUACUAGAGGAGGAUAAUAGUAAUCUACCAUGGUUAAAUGAUAUUCAUUGGGUGGAUCAUCCGGCCACCUGUUGGCAACCGCCUAAAAAGAAACGUAAAGAAGAUAAUCUUGUUCGUGUUCAUGAAACGAUUGCCAGCAAUGAAAUGGAAGAUACGAAUCGGCCCAAACAAAUCGUUACAACGCAGCAAUUAACCAGAGAGGCUCGUAAUCAACGUCGAUUAUAUAAUUUGGUUGAACAACAAGCAUCCAGUUAUCAUACGGAUCUUCUUAAAUUAAAUCAAUUAAAGUUCCGUAAGAAACAGGUGAAAUUUGCUCGUAGUAAGAUUCAUGUAUGGGGAUUAUUUGCCAUGCAACCAAUACCACCGGAUGAAAUGGUUAUUGAAUAUAUUGGACAGCGAAUACGGCCAAUGGUAGCAGAAAUUCGUGAGAAAAAAUAUCUACAUGAAGGUAGUUCAUAUUUGUUUAAAAUUGAUUCGGAUACAAUUAUCGAUGCUACACAUUGUGGUAAUGUGGCCCGUUUCAUUAAUCAUAGUUGUAAUCCAAAUUGUUAUGCCAAAGUGAUAACGGUCGAAGGCCAAAAACGAAUCGUCAUCUAUUCAAAACAAUUGAUUGAAGUUGGACAAGAGAUUACCUAUGAUUAUAAAUUUCCUAUUGAAGAUGAUAAUAAAAUACCUUGCCUAUGUCGAUCGGUUGGUUGUCGUGGAUUUUUAAAUUGAACAAAAAAAAAAUUCAUCAAUCC